UCACUAUCCAAAUCCCGGAGAAAUUUCUGUUCUUUUCUUCCAAAUUUUAACUUUAAUGGUACAGAAGAAAGAAAAUAAAAAAUCCUAUCUCCUUUUCUUUUGUAUGAAUAUUAAAGAAAUUUUAAUUCGUUUCUACUCAGUUUUUACAAGAUCUAACUUGAAAAGAUGAUGAAACAAAUUUGAUUUAAUCGAGUAAUUAUCUUUAGUUUAUGCUUUUCUUCUUCUUUCCUUUUUUUUUUGAACUUUAAAAGAAUAAUCUAGUAUGGCCGACGCGCUCUCCGUGAUUCCCGCCUCCGUUCUGCGUAAUCUAUCCGACAAGCUGUAUGAGAAGCGGAAGAAUGCGGCCCUUGAGUUUGAAGGAAUUGUGAAACAGCUAGCGUCGUCCGGAGAUCACGAGAAGAUAUCGCUCGUGAUCAACUUGUUGACCACUGAAUUUGUUUACUCACCACAUGCCAAUCACCGUAAGGGAGGAUUGAUAGGUUUAGCUGCUGCCACUGUGGGGUUGACUUCCGAAGCUGCCCAACAUCUUGAGCAAAUUGUGCAACCAGUACUUAAUUCUUUCUCUGACCAAGACAGCAGAGUUCGCUAUUAUGCAUGUGAAGCUCUAUAUAACAUUGCAAAGGUGAAAGGAGAUUGGUUUGCUUAUGACCCUUUUUCUUUGUCGCUUCUUGUUUUCAUGACUAAUAGUGGACACGCUGAUUCAGAUGGCAACGUACAGAGUGCUGCUCACCUUUUAGAUAGGCUUGUGAAGGAUAUUGUUACUGAAAGUGACCAGUUCAGUAUUGAAGAAUUUAUCCCAUUGUUGAGAGAGCGCAUGAAUGUCCUGAAUCCUUAUGUUCGUCAGUUUUUGGUUGGAUGGAUAACUGUACUGGAUAGUGUUCCAGAUAUUGACAUGUUGGGUUUCCUUCCUGAUUUUCUUGAUGGUUUAUUUAAUAUGUUAAGUGAUUCUAGUCAUGAAAUACGGCAACAAGCUGAUUCAGCACUUUCAGAGUUUCUUCAAGAGAUUAAAAACUCCCCAUCUGUAGAUUAUAGUCGCAUGGCUGAAAUACUGGUGCAACGGGCAGCUUCUCCUGAUGAAUUCACUCGGUUAACAGCUAUAACUUGGAUAAAUGAGUUUGUAAAGCUUGGUAGAGACCAGCUUGUUCCUUACUAUGCUGACAUACUGGGAGCCAUUCUUCCCUGCAUAUCUGAUAAAGAAGAGAAAAUUAGAGUAGUCGCUCAUGAAACCAAUGAGGAGCUUCGUGCAAUCAAGGCUGAUCCAGCAGAAACUUUUGAUGUGGGUGCCAUUCUCUCCAUCACAAGGAGGCAACUUGAUAGUGAGUGGGAGGCCACUAGAAUUGAAGCAUUGCACUGGAUAUCAACCCUUUUAAAUAGACAUCGUGCUGAGGUCUUAUGUUUUCUAAAUGACAUAUUUGACACCCUUUUGAAAGCUCUAUCAGACUCUUCUGAUGAGGUGGUGCUCCUGGUUCUGGACAUCCAUGCAUGCAUAGCACAAGAUCCCCUAAACUUCCGCCAGCUUGUUGUUUUUCUGGUGCAUAAUUUCCGGGUUGAUCAUUCUCUUCUAGAGAGGCGUGGUGCUUUGAUAAUCCGUAGACUUUGUGUUCUCUUGGAUGCUGAAAGAGUCUACCGCGAGCUAUCCACCAUACUAGAGGGAGAAGCAGACCUGGAUUUUGCCUGUAUUAUGGUUCAGGCUUUGAAUUUAAUUCUACUCACUUCUUCUGAGCUGUCUGAGCUUCGUGGACUUUUGAAACAGUCACUGGUUAAUGCUGCUGGAAAAGAUUUGUUUGUUUCUUUGUAUGCUUCAUGGUGCCAUUCACCCAUGGCAAUCAUAAGUCUUUGUUUAUUAGCUCAGAUGUACCAGCAUGCAAGUGCUGUGACUCAAUCCCUGGUCAAGGAAGAUAUUAAUGCCAAAUUCUUGGUCCAGCUUGAUAAAUUGAUUCGCUUACUUGAAACUCCAAUCUUUGCUUAUAUCAGAUUGCAGCUUCUUGAACCAGGAAGAUAUAUAUGGUUGCUGAAAGCAUUAUAUGGUCUUCUAAUGCUACUUCCACAGAAAAGUUCUGCCUUCACGAGAUUGCGAACACGUUUAAAAACUGUGCCACUGUGCUCAUUCAAUGGCGACCAACUCAAACGAGCAUCAUCAGGCAAUCCAUACUCCCAAAUUUUAUGUCACAGUGGAUCACAAAUCAGCGAGGAUGGUGACAUAACCCAAGAUAAUGGGAAUUUACAGAAUGGAAUUAAUUUUGGUUCAAGGCUACAACAGUUCGAGCAAAUGCAGCGACAGCACCGUAUGCUUGCAAAAUCACAAGCGCAAUCACGAAUCAGUUCUGCUUCAUUAUCAAAGGAGGAGCCAAAAGCAGAACCCUGGCGAAUUCCAACAUCAGAGGGAAACAGGCCUCUUUCAAGAUCAUCUAGGAGAGGUGUGGGGCAGUUUCAAAUUUAGUUGUUGUCGUCAUGUGCUGCCUGUUGAUAGUUCAAGGUCAAUUAUACCCGGAUCUCAAGAUGCAUGAGCUGCAGGUGAGAUCCGGAUCCCGUACACUGUAAAAUUGUAUAUGAUAGUAGUUAGUUUGUUUCUAUUAAGCACUUAGAGGUCGGGAUGGUGAAAGUUGGGGGGGGGGGGGGGUCAAUAUAAGCUUGGGUUUUUCUAAGCUAAUUCCUUUUGCCCCCUUUGUUAACAGGAUUUGACCAUGUGGUUCUAUUCUCAUAUUUUGAUUGAAAACCACGUGGAUUAGAGGGAUAUAAUGAAUGUAGAAAAUGAAGCUUUUUGGUUUUUUUUUUUAGAAUCUGUUUAUCUUGUAAGGAUCUUAAUAGAGUUAAGGGAUUAGGCUGAAUCAUGUACAAAUUUAUCUUUGGUGAAGGUAUUGCAUGCAUUUAGUACCUAUUGAUCCAUUUUAAUUCAAAUUUAAUUUACUUCCUGACCCA